UGAUUUUUUCUUUCCUUCAAACUUAUUGCACCAAAAAAAUAAAAAUAUUUAAAAAAAAAAUAAAGAAAAGAAAAGCCACCCUUGUUAUUAAAGUACUCCUACAAACUGUUUUUUGGUUUCUCUCUCUGCUCCUUCCAUGAUGGCUAGCAAACUAGUCUUCCUCUUAACAUCUCCACGCCCUUCAACUGCACUUAUUCAAAGACCUUUUGUGUCCAUUUCUCCGUCUUCCACUAAGACUCAAUCAUUUCAAUUCAGUGGACGACAGCUUUGUAUUCGUCGUAGGUUGGUUUUGCUUCCUUCCAAGGCUACUGCUGACCAACAAGGAAAGGUUGAAGAAGAUGAAGUUGUAGAUGGUAAGAUCCUGCAAUACUGUAGCAUAGACAAGAAAGAUAAGAAGUCAUUGGGUGAACUUGAGCAAGAUUUUCUUCAAGCCCUACAAGCAUUCUAUUAUGAGGGAAAAGCUAUUAUGUCCAAUGAGGAAUUUGAUAAUCUCAAGGAAGAGCUAAUGUGGGAAGGCAGCAGUGUUGUCAUGCUAAGUUCUGACGAACAGAAGUUUUUGGAAGCUUCAAUGGCUUAUGUGUCUGGAAAACCUAUUAUGAGCGACGAAGAGUAUGAUAAAUUGAAGUUGCAACUAAAGAUUGACGGGAGUGACAUUGUAGUUGAGGGUCCUCGAUGCAGUCUCCGAAGUAGAAAGGUUUAUAGUGACCUGUCUGUGGACUACCUCAAGAUGUUCCUGUUGAAUGUUCCAGCGACAGUUGUUGCACUAGGAUUGUUCUUCUUCCUGGAUGAUCUGACUGGAUUCGAGAUUUCUUAUCUUUUGGAGCUCCCAGAACCAUACAGUUUUAUCUUCACAUGGUUUGCAGCUGUGCCACUUAUAGUCUGGUUGGCGCUGUCAAUCACGAAUGCAAUUGUGAAGGACUUUCUCAUCUUAAAGGGUCCUUGUCCAAACUGUGGAACUGAGAAUACCUCCUUCUUUGGAACCAUAUUGUCAAUAUCCAAUGGUGGUACCACCAACAAAGUUAAAUGUACAAACUGUGGAACUGAAAUGGUAUACGACCAAAAAACACGCUUGAUUACAUUGCCAGAAGGAAGCAAUGCGUGAUUGCAGGUCUACAAAAAUGACGGAUAAACACAUUUUGAGUGUAUGUAAGCCUAACUAACUUAUGUUGGAUCCAAAGGAUGUCACCAUGUGACCAUCUAGAUUCAUCCUUCUGAAGAAGAGAAUUUUCAUAUGUUGUACAAUCUGGUGAAAGCUGAAAAGUUUGUUGUAUGUUGUAAUAUUUGUAUGCAUGCUUCUUUAUAUACUAUUAAUCCUAUUAAAAAUACAAGAAAAAAGAAAAAAACCAAUGGGGAGUAAAGGAAAACCUAGAGAAGACUUGAUCAGGAAGAGGGAAGUGUAUAAAUGCAUAGUGGGAAUGUCACAAAUAAUAACAUCAUAUUAUGUAAAUAAGUUCUUAACUAUUCUGUUUA